GAGCGAUUACCGCGCUUCAGAGCUAUCGGUCGCCCCAUCGCGAAACAUCCGGCGAAAGAGCAUAAAAUCAACAAAUCAACAUUAUAGUAGUGGUAGAAAGGCGAAUCUGCUUUCCUUUCUCCUUCAAAUCCUAGCAUGGAAUUAUUACUAUCCAUAUUAGCAUUACUUUCGAAGGAUGACUGGAUUUAUACUGGUAUAUUAAUCUCUUCAUUCAUGAUCUCCUGGAUUUUACGGUUGCAACAAAGUACGUAUUUAUUAGCGAAUGCUGGCGGCCCUAUAGGAUUUACCAUGGCGUUGAUAGUUUUAGGCGAGAAAAUCUGGUACUCCAUCCCACUGGCUUUGUUUGUUGCCCUUUGCAUCAAAUAUGCUCCGCGAAGGCACUUAACAUUCAUUGUGUUUGUUUCCUCUUUUCUCUAUCUUAUGUUCAUCCGAUACCUGCACUACUUUUUCGACGUGCAGGAACUUGCAUCUCAGGCGAAUGUUGUACAACUCAUAAUGACUUUGAGGGUUAUCGGACUUGCCUUUGAAGUUUCCGAUUUCCGAUAUGCCAAAGCCCAUCCAGAGUCGAUCACGAAACCGAGAAGAUUUCUGGAAGUGGAGCCUAACUUUCUGGAGAUACUAAAUUAUUUUUACCAUUUUGCUGGUUUGUUUACCGGCCCAUACUACACUUAUCAGAUGUUCUUAGACUCACAAGACCCUGUCUUAAUCACUAAAUGGUCGCCCAUUCCUGAAAUUCGUGAAAGGGCAGUACGUUUAUGCUGGAGUGUUCCGUUAUUCAUCGUUUUUAACAAAUUGUAUCCGUUAGACGGCCUUCGCUCUGAUGUUGUUUGGGAAAUGACUUUCCCUUAUCGGAUUCUCUACGCUGCAGCAGUGUUUGUCGUAUUUCGAACUCGUGUAUACAGCGCAUGGGCGGUGGCGGAAAGUAUGUGUGUCACUCUUGGACUCGGCAUCUACCCCGCUGAGUCAAACCCACGCACUGUUGUUGGACCUACUGAUUUCGAGAAAUACAAGGAGUUGAAAGGAAGAUCAGAUGUUACGUACAAUUCCGAAGCCAUUGUUAAUUUGAACAUACCCGAGAUUGAGAUGAGUGAUGGGUUUCGAAGCGGCAUACGGUCGUGGAACAAAUCAGUGCAAAGUUGGCUAGCUCUGUAUGUUUACUCAAGAGCAAAUCGGGUUUACAGAGCCGAGCUCACAAUGUUUGUAUCAGCUCUGUGGCAUGGAACCUAUGCCGGUUAUUUUAUGUCUUUUCUCAUAGUACCCAUGUGCUGCUCCGUAGAAGACAUCAUCUUUAAGUAUAUACCUGAAGAUCCUGUGACCAAGAAAAGGCCAGCUUGGUUCAGAUACCUUUAUCUCUUCACCUUGCGCUGCCGCGGUUUCGACAUGUUAGCCACCGGGUUUUUGCUCAAAAAUUUUGAAGAUACACACAGGUUCUGGAGCUCACUAUACUAUUGGUUAUUGAUAGUCACAUUACCAAUCUACAUCUUCGAUAAGUUGGCCAUCAAAUUUAGAGUUUAGCGUCAUACCUAAACGUGAUUCGAGAG